UUGUCGCGGUGAAAAACGGAUCGAAUUUUUGCGCAAAAAGUUUAUCCGCGAAUAAAUUACCAUUAAAAAAGCAGCCUAAAAGCUGAAAAAACCGCUAAAAAAUCUAUAAAAAAUUAAAAAAAAAAACAAACCAGUGAAGCAAAUAAAAUAUGUAUUAAAAAUAUUAAAAAAAUCAAACCUAGUUUAUUUUAUGUCAAGUUCGUGUGCUUAUCCCUGUGUGCGUCUUCGUUUUACCGUUACAAUUUACGAAAACCAUAAUGAAGUGUAAUUAGUGACAAAAUAAAUGCCAAAAUUAAUAGUCAAACAUAGCAAAACCAAUUACUGUUAAUUGAUAACAAAACAUAGCAGGUUUUUUCGUCUUUACUUUCUGUGACCAAGAAAAAGGUUAAGAAAAGGAAAAACCAAGAGUAAUACAAAAGCCGUCGGCUUAUUUCACCUGGAAAUUUUCUUAUCAGCAAACAACGAUUAUGGCAAAGGAUCCUUCCGCAACGCGCAUUCCCCACCUGGGUGGCGUCUCGCGGCUUCCGAAGCCGAGUUCCUUUGGCCUGGCCAGCAGCAGUUCCACCAAUAAAACCACCAUCAGUAGCACCACCACCACCCAGCACAUUCGACCACCGACGAGUGCUCCCAAGGCCACGCAGAUUUUCCGAGCACCCAGCAUUCCGGCCAAGCCGCGUCCAGCCAGCUCGUAUGCUCCAUCUUCAGCCGCUCUGCGGGAUUUGGGCAGCAGUCUGAAGAAGAGCGCCAGCGGGGAGCGGAUCAACAAUGCGGUCAGUCUGCUCAGCAAGAGGACCUCCACCGUCCUGAAGAAGUACUUCAGUCCCAAGUCGCAAUCGUCAUCUAUAUCAAGUCCCUCCGCGAUGACGAGCUCACUGCCAGUGACUCCACUUCCCGUGGGCAAACGUGGGAUCAACGAUCAGUUGACCAGCAGCACCCCAAUGCCGCUCCUGCGAUCGGAGACUUUUGUUUGCGAGGAUGAGGAGCAACAGGAUCGCACGAAAUUGGAGAGCACGCGGUUGUCCACCUUCGGAAGAACCAUGGAUAUGGAUACCGAUUCACCAGUGGUAAAAGGUGCUUCACCCUCCACAGAAAUCACUCAAAUAUUGAGACCCAAUCAAAGCUCAUCGAAAACUUUGCUAAAAACCUUUUGCUCAUUGGAUACCACUCACGAGAUGACAGUCAGCCUGAGAAGUAAUGCAACACAUUCGGUUAACUCCUCUGGAAUAAUGGGUAGAACAAUGCCAGUUAUUCCGACUAAGGAUUGCACCAGAACUAUAUCUGCAAAUUCUUCAGGCAUGGGAAACCUUACCAAAGUGGUGGAGGGAGUGGGAAAUAUCACGAAAACUAUAGAGGGAGUGGGAAAUAUUACGAAAACUUUAGAGGGAGCUGGAAAUCUCACUAGUUCGGUUGAUAGAGAAGUUAGUAUAAGUAAAACCUUUGAGGUAGCUGCGAACUGCACUCAAACCUAUCAAAGGGGAGUAAAUCUCACAAAAACCAUAGAAGAUAAACCUAGACAAAUAGAAGCUGGAUUCAAUCUUACAAAGUCCAUCGAUAGAGGAGCUACAAAUCUAACUAGAUCUACUAUAAACGAACCCGGGGACUAUACGAAGGUGAUCCACCAAGGAGCCAAUUUAACCCUGAGCAUGGAUCAGUUGCCCCUGCUGGAACACAUAUCCAUGCCCUCCGGCUUGGACAUCCUGAGUUCCAGGGGAUCUGGUAAUGUCGGGAGAUUAGACCAGGAAACAGACGACACGCUGGACGUGACGUUGGUGAGUUUGGCACCGGAUAAGAGCAACAUGAAGCUGCCAUUGAACUCGACGCUAAAUACCGAGAGAUUGCUGGACAUCAGUGGUCUACAAUCGCCGAGGCACAUACAGCUGUUGAACCUGACGCAGGAACUGGAGCGAGGCAGCUCCUCCUCGGGGAGGAGCCAUCAUCGGAGAUCCAUUCCCCAGCAUUCGCUGCUCUGCCUGUCGCCCCAGUCGGCCACAACAACGCCCCAUGGAAUGCGAUUGAUGGGUCAGGCAACUCCGCAGCCAGUUCAUCUGCUUUCGCCACUACUGAAGCAGGCACAAAGUGCUCUGGUUUUGCCCACUCGAACGCCGGAUGGCGACUUAGCCCUGGAUGGCAAUGGAGCCCUGGACGCCACGCUGACCUCCGCGGGGAAUCGAGGACGAACGCGCUAUAGCUUCGGCCUGGAUCUGCCGGACACAACGCUGGAUUGCUCCAUCGAACUGGUGGACAACUCGUUCUCCUCGUCCACCCAACUGCAGCAGUUGCAGCAGCAGCUGCUCAAGAAGCAGAGCUCCUUCGAUCUGGACGAGAGCCUCGGCAUUCUGACGCCCGAUCAGAUGAAGGACUUUCUCGACUCGCCGCACAACAAUCUAAUGCACAAUCUGGAGCUGGUGAGGAUGCAUCAUCCGAAUCUCAUGCAGCUGAGAAUGGAACAGACGCCUUCGCCGGAGGAACUGCCUCUAGAUCCCAUUGAGAUUAAAUCAGAGAUUGUCAAGCAGGUGGAGGCUUCGCAGGCCAAUCAGGUGAACACUUCGCAGCACUCGAAGCUGAGCAAUAGCUUCAUUACCAGCGUGACCAGUGUGACUAGCUUGGAUACGGGCUACCAGGGUGAUGGGGAGAUGUCGCGUCCCGCUUCCCGGGGCGCCUGUGAUCACUCGCCGAGCAAUGGACCCCAUUUGGGCCGCGUGAGUCGCCAGCCCAGCUUCCCGCCUCCAAAUCCAGCGCCCCUGAGGCGCCAGGAUCCCAUGACAGACUCCGAUUUCUUCACCGAAUCCGAUGCAGACGAUGUCCUGCAUCGCGGCGAUCGACGAGCCCAGGUGAUCGAUGGCCAGCUGUAUGGGCCCGAUAUGAUGCAGCCCAGUGCCUCGGUGCCCCGAAUGGAGGACUCCUGCAUGGAGUCGUCGGGCAUAUUCACCGAUGUGGAGAACCGCUGCGACGAGGAGAUGAGGCAGCCGGAACUGGAGGUGGAUGUCGAUGUGGACAUGUCGCCGGAUGACUCCACAAAGACCAUGCGAAAAGGUCAAGGUCAGCCCACCCCCACUGCCACCCAACUGCAACAGCAGCAGCAACUGCAGCAGAAUCAGCUGGCUCCGCAGCAGCGCCCCCCCAGCAGCUGUCUCUCUUCCUCCUCGGCCAACACGACGCUCUCUCUGUCGCUCUCCAACCGCACCUCCUACUGCAGCGUCGACGGCGGCAGCGCCCGAAGUUUCUGCGGCGACGAAGCUUUCGCGGCGGUACGAUCGCCGCCGACGACGGCAAAUCUCUCAGUUCAGAAGAGCAGCUCGCCGCGUCCGCACGCUUCGCUGUCGUCUCUCUGCACGGUGGAGAAUUUCCGCGGCUCCGUUUCUUCGGGCUCUUCGAUCGCCUCCCCCAAAUCGUGCAAAUCUGCCACCAAAAACGCUGGCGUUUCCAAAGCGCGCCUCUUGAAAUCGCCCAAAGCCCUGAAAUCGCCCAAAUCGCCGCUAAAUCGCAAGGCGCACACGCCCAACAAAUGGGAUGCCGUGAUGAAUAAGAUCGCCAGUAAUAAGUCUCUGAUCAAGACAAACUAUAAUGAUGUUAAAUCGAAAGUGUCCACCACACGGAUCAUGAGUCCUGUUUCCGGUUCGGGUUCGGGUUCCGUUUCCGUUUCCGGUUCGGCAUCCGUUACCGUUUCGAGUCCGCGCGGAAGUCCGAGUGUGAGUAGUUCUAGUGCCCGGCGUUCGCCCUCGGUCACGCCCAAAGUGCCGCCCAAAUCGCUUCUGGCCAAGAGAUCGAUUAGCAGCACCCGGAGCAGCAGCAGCAGCUCCAAGGCCAAUGCCACGCCCUCGCCGCCCCCACACGCGACCCCGCCAACGCGGCAGCCACUGGAUAAAGGCUCAGUUGGCGCCGGGUCAGUGGGUGGUAGCGCCCCCCGUUCGGGUAAAGCGCCCAAGUCCCCCACCUCACCCACCACGCCCACAUCGCCGCCCGCCAAGAGACUCCAGUCGAACCUCGUCAGUCGUGGUCGCUCGUACAGCAAGGACAGCGACUUGAGUUUAACGUGCAAUGCCUCAACUCCGCGGGCAUCUGUGUCGUCGGGAAGCGGAUCUCCAAAGCUAUUGGCUAACACUCAACUGCGAGCUGCCAAAAAGCGUGAUGUGCGCAAUCUGAGCAUAUCGCCAACCGAUCUGGGUCCGCCACCGAAAACUCAGCAGACGACCAAGGGACAAUCCACGCGCAACAAAUCAUCAGCCACUCCCACGCCCACAUCAAUACAUAAACGUUUAAAUGGCACUUUGGGAGGACCUGCGGCUACUACAACACCCCUCAAAGGAGUGGCCACAAAAUCAGCAGCCACAAACAAACAACCACAAUCGGCGAAACUAAAAUCAACCACGAUUAUUAAAAGCUCCUCAAUUGCCGGCGUUUCCGAGGAAUCCCUUCGUUCUGGUGUGGAUCAAACUGAACUCCAGGAGCUAAACAAUGGCCAAUCCGCGAGCGGAUGUCCAACUCCGCCGAUGGCGCGUGACUCGAAACGCUCGUCGAUUGGUAAUGAGUUGCCCUGUGAGACGGAGGCCAAGUUGAAGAGGUGCGAGGACCAGAGCGGUAUUAUCCCCCAGCAGGAGCCAAAUCAAUGCCAGGCUGAAUCCCCUCUUCCGCCGAUAAAAGCACUUGAACCGGAGCCCAGCUCCUUGUCCUUGCCCGAUGAAGUGGGAACGUCGAUCAGCUCGAUGACGAUGCUGCCCACGCCCCGCGAGGACAUAGUCGCCCAAUAUCCCGCCCUGCAGCCCUUCGCGGAGAACGGAGUGCUGAACUGCGCCCGUCUGGCCAAGUUCUUCGAGGACAACCAGUUCGAGCGGCGGGAGGAGCACCGCCAGAUCCUGGGCCUCGCCGUGAUGGUGCAGUUCAUGUCCCAAGAGCUGGAUGCGUUUGCCUGCCAGGAGACCAAAGAACAAUGUGCCAGGACCAAGGGAACGCUGGAGGAGACGCUUCUGCUGCUGCAGGAGAAGCAGAGGGAUUGCGAGCAGCUGCGCGAGGAGAUGCUCGCCAAGGAUGUGGAGUGGGCGCAAAGGCAGCAGGAAAGGGAUCAUCUGCAUCGCAGUGAACUGAAGCAAGCUGAGGAGAAAGUACUGGAGGUGCAAAUGCUUGCGAAGCAAAGGUUCUGCGAUCUGGAGUCCCAGCUGCGGGCCAAGGACGAGGAGAGCAAGCAGGCGCAGCAGGCCUAUCACACAGAGGUCUCCCACAAACUGAGCCUCAAGCAGGACCAGCUGAGCACCGCGGAGCUGAAGAUCCUGGAGCUGCAGACCCGCCUGCAGAAGCUGGAGGCCCAGGAGCAGGAGAACCGCGAGAAGCUGAUCCGCAAGGAGAACACCCAUGCCGCCCGCCUCGCGGAGGCCAAUCAGCGGGAGCAGGAGCUUAACGAUCGGGUCAGGAGCCUCACCAAGGAGCUGACCACCCUCAAAGCCAACAAGGAGCACAGCGAGCGCGAUCUGAGGGAUCGCCUGACGCUCUCCCAGGACGAGAUCUCCGUGCUGCGCACAUCCUCGCAGCGCCGGAGUCCCUGCAUCAGUCUGCCGGACACCGCCGCCGCCGAACUCAACCGUUUGACCAGCGAAGCCGAGAGCCUGCGCUGCGUCCUGGAGCUCAAGCAGGCGGAGAUCUCGAGCCUCAGCAAGGCCAAGUCGGAUCUCGUGCGCGAGAGCGAGGAGCGCCUGAAGCUGGGCAACCGCGUGGCCCUGCUGGAGGCCCAGAACGAGAUGUUGCGCACCGAACUGGAGGCCAAGACCGAAAAGGAGAAGGACAUCCAACAGAAGAUGGAGGAACUCCAGAAGGCCUACAAGUACGAGAGCAUCAAGCGCACGCGGCUCACCUUCGACAAGGAGGAGCUGCAGUACCACCUCAAGCAGCGAUCCGUGCAGCUGCAGGCCGCCGAGGCCAAGUUGCUGGACCGUUCCACCAGUUCCGCGCACGAGAACAGCCGCUGCAGCCUGGGACGCAGUGGCCUGGAGAUUGCCGUGACCACCUCCUCGCCCACCUCGCCGGUGAUGAAGGGCAUGAUCGAGCGCAACGAUUCCGUCAGCUGGACGCUGGAGAUCGACGAUGAGUCGUCGUUCAAGGGCAACUCCUCCAAGAUUGUGCGCCGAGCGGGCUCCUUGCGGAGCAGCCACGAGCGGUGUCCCAUCCAGCGACGUCAGACCUCCCAUGGCCACUCCACCAAUGGGCUGGCCACCAACGGAGGAGGAGGAGGCUCCUCUUCACCCGCUCAUCCCAAUCCCCUCAGCCAGAGCAUGUCGGCCACCGCCCUGCUAAGGAGCAGUAGUAACUCCGCGGAUCCAGAGAAUCGUCCUCUGUCCCGGGCUCGCUCCCAUUCGGUUUGCAUCAAGGCCUCGGCCUCCAGCUCGGCUGUUUGCGAAUCCUCUGGCCCGAGGGCGAGGCAACAGCAGCAGGAGGAUUUGAACCUGGCCGACUGGCAGGAGGACUCGAUUCCCCUGUGCUCCAGCUCACCGCAGGCACCGCAGGCCGAGAUGCGUCCACGCAGCUCCACCAUGAAGCUAAUGUCCAGCGAGGCCAAGAAGUUCCAGGAGAUCCAGGAGUCCGCCGGCGAGGCCAUGGUCUCCGGGGCCAAUUCCGAGGACGAGAGCUGCUCGGCCUCGUCCGAGGACAUGAUGCGCAGCUCCUCCGCCUCCAGCACAGCCUCGGGAGGAUCCCUGUUCAAGCGGCCCAAGCAGCCGCCAUCCCGCAUGUCCAUCGAGGAGGCGCUGCCCUGCACGCCCAUGGAGGUCAGCUGGUCGGAGGACGCCGCCGAUGCCAGCGGACUGGCAUGACAUGCUGCCUACGAGGAGCAGAUCGACCAGAUCGACCAGAUCGAUCAGAUCGCCGAGGCGGCCGAAGAGGCUUACGAGAGCGAGGACAUUGAGGAGGAUCAGGAUGAGCUGAUCGUGGGCGAGGAGCAGCCGGAGCACAGCGACAGCGACGAUAGCUUUUAGGCCUCCAAACUUCAGAGGAGGAGAAACAAUUUGUAAAACAAAGUAAUAAGUAAUAAUAAGUCGGCUCUUGCGACUGCUAGCAGAUUGAAGUAAUAGUCACUCCAAGCAUAGCUUGGCGUUUUCAAUUCUAUAUAGACGCCGUGCAGAUGGAAUAAUGAAGCGAUACACAAAAAUAUAUAAUGAUGAUUCGUACGUUCUUAACUGAAAAUGUUUGUGUAAAUAAUUGCAUUUAGCAGUAUGGUAGCUCAUAGAAGGCGCUCAUAUAACAUAACAAUAUGAUAAUCUAACAAUUAGUCGAGCACAGCAAGCGGAGCCGUCACAGCAACUUGGGGGGAAUUGAAAAAAGUUUGUAAACGAGGAAGUACAUUUUUUAAAAGGGCGCUGAGGGAUUUCAAAGUCGAAGCCACACACAAAGCUAAACCAAGUUUAGAGCGUAUAAAGCUACGUAUUUAAAACAGUUUCAAACUAAACAGAAAACAGUAAUGGGUAGCAUUUAGAUGAAGCAGUAUGAAUAUUUGCAUAAAACCAACUUAUUACUAUACCACACAAUCUAUUAGUAUUUGUAUGAUUAGCGAUAUUGAUAUUGUAUUCUAACCGCAACUCGCAAUCGCUGAUAUCGUACAUGUUACUCGAUCCCCAGAUACCCAGAUACUAAACUCCCUUGAGCUCAAACCAACCACUCACUCGAUGUCCUUAAUUGAAAACUUAAUGCCCGCUAUAUAUUAUAAUGUACCAAUUAGAAUGCCGAAGGUCCGAAGCUGCAUCGCCGACCUAGCUAAGCUUUAAUUUUGUGUUUUAUAUAUACAUGUAUUUAUUAUUUAGUCUUUAAUGCCUUGUGAAAGCGUUAAAAAAAUGCAAGAAAUUGAAAUCAAUUAGUUUAUAACGAAUGAGUUCUAUAUUAGUUCUAGCCUAACUACAUUAGUUUACGUUACGUUUUUAUUUUGUUAUCAUUGGAAUGUGUCCGAAAUAUGCGAGUUUUAUAUGUAUAGGUUCAGGAUACGCUAACUUUGUAACACGCAGCAUUGUCAUUAACUUUUAAGUAUGUUAUUUUUAUUAUGUGUGAGAUAAAAGAAGUAAGAAAAUUAAUAACCUGUAAGAGACGGUGCGGAAACCAUCGGAAAAUAAGUUGCAAAGGAGGAAAUAAGUAAAAAGGUACAGUUAAAAAUCCCUAUAAAUAUUUUUUGCUAAAUAAUUUCAAAAAACCUUAAAUAAAUAAGUAAUUGUUUCAAACAUG